AUAUAAUAAUGUCAUCAAUCUUUACAAAUAGUAAUUUUUCAGUUACUAACUCAACAUCAAAACGCCAGAAGAUAAGUUCUGAUUUCUACACCACAUCAUCAAAUAGUACCAGUCUAGAUAGAAGUGCAAAAUAUUCAUUUAAUUUAGAAACACCUCAUUUGAGUUUGGAUCAUGAUGGUAAAAAAAUUACCAAGAAAUCUUGUGCUUCAGGAAUAUGCUCUCUACAAACUCCUUUUCAAGAGAGCAGCUCAAAUGGUUCAAAGCACACUCCAAAAACACCUGCUUCUAGAACACCAUUAGGAAAUAUUGCUCAAACCAGCAAUGUUGUAGCCAUUGUUGAAGGUCGUGGUAUGGCAAAGGGAGAGAUAGGCAUGGCUUGCAUUGAUCUUAAGGGGGCAGAACUGAUUAUUUCACAGUUUUCAGAUGGUCCUACAUAUGUUAAAAUAUUGUGUAAACUACAAAUAAUUCAACCAGUUGAGAUUAUAAUGCCAAACACUUCCUAUGAGAAUGGCAAAAUGACACAGCUGUUUCAAGUAAUAAGUGAACAAUUCCCAUAUGUUACACUGACUACUGUUCAAAGAAAAUAUUUUAAUGAAAGCAAAGGUCUCCAGUACAUUAGGCAGCUUUGUGUACCAGAAUUUAAUACUGUUGAAAUGGAUGUUCAGUCAAAGUAUUAUUGCUUAGCAACAGCAGCAGCACUCUUAAAAUAUGUUGAGUUCAUUCAAAAUGUGGUUUUUGCUCCUGCUUCCUUAAAAAUUACUUACAAAGGAGGUGAAAAAACAGCACUUAUAGACAUGACUGCUGCACGUCAUCUGGAAUUAGUUCACAACUUAAGAAAUCCAAAAAGCAAACAAUCUUUGUAUGGAGUACUGAAUUAUACAAAAACAGCUGGGGGAGCUCGCUUGUUGAGGUCAAACAUUUUGCAACCUCCUUGUGAUCUUCAAACAAUACAAACAAGAUUCGAUUGUGUUGAGGAACUUGUAGAGAAAGAAGAACUUUUUCUUAAUUUACAAGCUAUAAUAAGCAAGUUUCUUGAUGUCGAUCAUUUGAUAUCAUCUACUGUUCAAAUUCCAAAGAAAGAAGGCAUCAAAGUAUUUGAAAGAAAAAUAGCAGAAAUAAUUUUUUUAAAACACACUAUAGAACUUGUUCAAAUACUACAAAAUGCAUUAGCUGAUGGCCAAAAUAGUUUAUUUAAAGCAUAUUAUCAGUCAUUAGAUGAUUCACGAUUUGCAAAUCUUUUGGAGCAAAUCAAAACUGUCAUUCAUGAAGAAAGUCGUUACCAAAAAGGUGCUCUUAACAUGCGCACACAAAAGUUGUUUGCUGUUAAGCCAAACGUCAAUGGUUUGUUAGAUGUUGCACGUCGCACUCACUGUGAGGUAGUAGAUGAUAUAACAGAAAUGAUUCACCAAGAAGCUACAUCAACAGGUCUUAUGUUAACACCAAAUUAUAACAAUACCAGAGGUUUCCACAUCACUCUCAACACUUAUGGUAAUAACAAUUUAGUUGAUGCUCUUCCUUCACAUUUUAUAAAAGUUGUUCGAGCAAAAUCUGUGAUCAGUUGCACUACUGAAGAUUUGAUCAAGUUAAACACAAGAUUGGACGAGUCAUUAGAAGAAAUAUACUUUUUGUCAAACAUGGUUGUGGGAGAACUAAUGAAAAAUAUCAGAGAUCAAAUUGGUUGUUUAUAUAAGCUGGCUGAAUGUAUAUCAACUUUGGAUCUACUUGUUUCUUUAGCUCACGCUUGCACUCUCUCUAAUUACAUACGGCCAGAGUUUACAGAUACUCUUGCCCUAAAACAAUCUCGCCAUCCAGUUCUUGAUCGGAUGUCAUCCUUGCCUAUUAUUCCAAAUGAUGUGUAUGCUUCUGAUGUUUCAAACUUUAUAUUAAUAACAGGACCAAAUAUGAGUGGUAAAUCUACAUACCUGCGUCAAAUAGCUUUGUUACAAAUUAUGGCUCAAUGUGGUUCUUUUGUCCCAGCUGAAUAUGCAUCCUUUCGCUUAACAAAUCAAAUAUUUGUUCGUAUUGGAAGUGAUGAUGACAUUGAAACAAACUGUUCUACUUUUAAAUUAGAGAUGAAGGAGAUGAAUUAUAUACUUCAGAAUAUCAGAGAUGACUCUUUGCUUAUUGUUGAUGAACUUGGUCGAGGCACCAGUGUUGAAGAAGGUGUUGGAAUUACUUUUAGUAUAUGUGAAUAUUUGCUGUCUAAAAAAGCAUUCACAUAUUUUGCUACCCACUUUCAUUCUCUUUGCGAUUUGGAAAAUCUCUAUCCCAAUGUGGAAAAUUAUAACUUUGAAGUUCAGCAAGUUGUUGAUCAAAAUCAAAGCACUGAAAACAUGCAAUUUACCCAUGUAUUAGUGAAGGGACGAACUACUGUCGAAAACUAUGGGCUCAAAUUGGCUGAAAUGUCAACUUUACCAGUAGAAUUAGUUGAAAAAGCAAAACAAAUAGCAUUGCAACUUCAACAGAGAAAAAAUGAAAACCAAAAAUCAUUGGAAUCCUCCAAAAGAGAGAAAGCUGUAUUCAGGCUCGUUACUCGACUAUUGCAAGCAGCGAAAAAUUCUCGCUUAGAUGAGGAAACUCUUCGUUUAUAUUUAUCAGGUUUAAAAAGACAAUUCAUUGCAGAUAUUUCCGAAGAAUAAGCUUCAUGUAAGGUGUAAUACACUCACAAUUAUGAGGUGACACUCGCAGUUACAACUUUUACAACACUUAUAGUCACGUCAGCAUUUUUUUACUUGAACUCAUUUCAUACGUGGUUCCCUCACUAAUAUUUAGAGUUCAAACGUCGAAUAAAUGGUUAUAUUUUAUUGUUUUUAUAUCAUAUAAAUCUUUUUAAACUCCG